UCUGACCUGCUGACAUGAUGCACAUGCCGGGCUUUAGGAGUUCAGAAUCUGACAGGGGUUUUCCUAUGGUGGCAUUGUUUCCUCCCUCCCUUGAACCCAACACAGGAGACAAUAAAACGGAGCAGCUGAAAGCAGGAAGCUGAAAUUAUCCCAACUCGGCUGGUUUCUGAAGAGCUCGGUACCUUCGUCUGGUCCUUACAGCUGGGGUCCGAGAUGGCGCUGUCCACUAAUGUGAAUUCACCGCGGAGCAACAUCACGUCCUACGUAGGACAAACCACCACGCUGCCAUGUUGGACUCCGACCUACAGCUCACUCAGCGCUGUGGAGUGGACGAGACGCGACCAGCCUCAGUACGUCCUCUUCAAACGGGAUGGCCACGUAGAUAUACAGAACCAACUUUCAUCUUUCAAGAAUCGAGUGGGCCUGAAGAACGAAGACAUGGAGGACGGAGACCUGUCUCUCGUUCUGGAAGACACUGAACCAGACGACAGUGGAAUCUACGAGUGUCGCUACAAAGAGAGGACAACCAGACCCAGGAGAGGCGUCCUUGCUGGACAUCCACUCAGCAUCAUUGACCUGAAGGUCGAGCGAGAGCAGCAUAUUCUAGCACACCCUGGGGAAGACAUCAUCCUGCCAUGUCGAGCUUCCAGAGACGCCUCGGUCGGUGCUGUGGAGUGGGUCAGAGCCGACCUGGAGUCAGAUGGAUACGUCCUCCUAAUGAGGGAUGGCAUCCCAGAUACGACCUACCAGCAUUUCUCCUACAGAGACCGAGUGGAGCUGAAGGAUGACAGCUUGAAGGAUGGAAACCUGUCUCUGAUCCUGAAGAAUGUGAGAAGCAGCGACAUGGGGAAGUUUGUUUGUCGUCUGAAAGAGAGCGGAGAGCGAGGAAAAAGGUCCACUAUUCAGAGUGAGCCGGUCAGCAUCAUCCAUCUGAAGGUUGCUGACCCAGGUGAGUGGAUGGAGCUCAGAUUCAGUCCAGUACAUCACCGUCCGUGCUGGGGACAGCGUCACUCUGCCCUGUCGAGCUCCCGCAGAGACAAAUGUUAGAGUGGACCAGACCUGACCUGGAGGAACAGGGAUACGUCUACUUCAUGAGGGAUGGACUUCCAGACCUGACCAGACAGCAUCCCUCCUACAAGAACCGUGCAGAGCUGAGGAGCCGACGCCUGAAGAGGGGAGAUCUGUCUCUGGUUCUGAAGGAUGUGAGCAGCAGCGACAUCGGAACGUACGAGUGUCGCCUGAAAAGAAGCGGACAAAGAAAGAAGAAGUCUGUUAUCUCCACCCCACCGGUCAGCAUCAUCCAGCUCAUGGUUUUAGGUCUGGGUCCAUCAUAUGAAGACGAAGAGGAUGAAGAGAAGGAGAAAGGAAAUCCACUGGAGAACAUCCUAAAUGAAGAAACCAUGCGAGGACGCCCAGGAUUGUACGUCAGCUUAGGCUUGUUUGGGAUUGCUGUUGCUGCUUUGAGCACCUUGUUUUUUAUUUAAGUUCCAGCCAACACCAUCAGCCACAUGACUGCGUUUCAGGCUGAGUACGAAGAGAUGCACAGGACAGCUGCAAUAUUUUAUUUAAAUAGAAAAUAAAUAAAUCCCAGUUAGAUGCCAAGCCAUGGCUCACGUGACUGAGCCAUUUAAUACCGACAUGUCCACAGUUUUAAACCAAAGUAAGAAGCUCACAAAAUGUUAUCGUGUGUGUUUAUAUGAUCAACUCCACCUACAUGAACCCGCCUUUAGGAACAUAAUGAAGAAGCCAUUUAUAGAAAUUAAAAUAAAGCAUUUAAUCAGAGUUUCUCGUGCAGGACUUUAGACCACAGAGCGUGAUACUUGUUGAUUAUAGAUAGAGACUAUACUGUAGAUUAUGAGACUGAUUUUAUUAUGAUGCAACAUCAGAAGAUGGUGAAUAUUAAAAAUAUUUGGUCCAGCUUUGAUAUGAGAUAAUAAACGUGUUCUUUGAGGCGACAUCGUGGGGUUUAUGGCUUUUGCUGCAGAGGAACCAGGUUGAGGAAUCCUGGUUAAAAUGUAUUUUCAUCUGGAUGUUUGAUAUAAACACAACACUUACAAAUAAAUGACAAUCAGCCACUUUUAUGCACUUUAGGUUUAAAUAUAUGUAUGUUUCUUUACUUUUUGGAUUGAGAAGGACUUGUAUAAAUGGUAGGCUGUGUGUAUAAUCAGAUGAUUAAAAUGCACGUGAGAGCCUGUCUGCAGGAGGUCAGAUGAUUAAUAACUGUGUUCCAAUGAUUGAUGAGCUGUUUGAAGUUAACAAAGAAUCUGAUAACUUUUAGGUGUAGUUUUACCUAAAGAGCAGAUUAAAUUCUCAUACUGUGUAACUGGGAUUGACGGCUGAUUGCAGGACUGCAGAAAUACGACACUAAUGUACUGACGCUGUCGUCUUUUAGUUACUGCUGAAUCAAAACCAUUCAGGAUUAAAUUUGUUUGUUUUAAAAUGUUUUGCAUAUAAACUUGUAAAGUAAAUUUUACCUUGUGGAUAAAAAUGAAUGAUUACUACA